AUGAGAGUCAGGAGCCUCCUCCCCUUGGGAGCCUUUGCCGCAAGGGCAACCGCACAAGACAGUAACACCAUCUUCGAGCCCCAAGAUUUCAACGUCACUGCAGCUCUCGAAAAACUCGGCUGUACAGCCUUAUCCAUACUUUUCAGCCCCGACCAAGUUUUACCUGAAAACGCAACUGCAUACAACAACUUCACAAGCUCAUAUUGGUCUGCUCAACAAGGCGCACUUCGUCCCUCAUGCGUGUUUAAGCCCAAGUCGACGCUAGAUGUGUCUACUGUAGUUCUCAUCUCAAGAUUGUACCAGUGUCCUUUUGCGGUGAAGGGCGGUGGCCAUGCAGCGUGGGCUGGAGCUUCUAGUAUUGAAGAUGAUAUUACGAUUUCCAUGGAAAAUUUUAGGAAAGUAGCCGUAGCGUCGGAUAAGCAGAGUGCGGAUAUUGGGCCCGGGCUUCGCUGGAUAGAUGUGUAUACUGCGAUUGAGAAAGAUGGGCUUAGUGUUGCAGGAGGUCGAAUGGCACCUGUAGGUGUACCUGGUCUCCUUCUCGGAGGCGGCAUUUCCCAUUUCGCCAGCAAGCGUGGGUGGGCAUGUGACAAUGUAGCAAGUUUCGAGCUGGUUACUGCCUCGGGCAUUCCCAUUGAUGUCAGCGCGUCGUCCUACCCUGAUCUAUAUUGGGCGUUAAGAGGUGGAGGUAACAACUUUGGAAUUGUGACAAAUUUCAAACUAGAUGCUUUCCCGCUGAGCGACAUGUGGGGAGGUCAGCGCGUCUACUUGGAAAACUCCUUUCCUGCUGUUCUCGACGCGAUUCACGAAUUCACCGUAACGGGAUCAGUAAAGGAUGAAGAUGCUGCACAGAUUGUUACGUUCGCCAGCGCCCCGGGCAUCGGCAAAGUCGCCUUCGCAAACCUGCACUACGCCAAACCAAUUGCCAAUGCCUCAAUCUUUUCUAGCUGGAACAACAUCUCCGCCAUCCAAGACACCACUGGUCUUCGCCCAAUGUCAGGCAUGGCUAAUCUUCUCAACGAAGGAGCUCCCGGACCAGGCGCCUACCAAACAUGGUGGGGAAUCAGUCUGAAAAUGGAUAGACAACUUCUCGAAUUCAUAAUUGAAACAUUCUACACCCAAGAAGCCACCAUCGCCGAUGUUGAAAACAUCCUACUCAUCAUGGCCAUCCAGCCCAUCACCGAAAGCGCAAUCAAAGCCAUGCAAAAGAACGGCGGAAACGCCCUCGGCAUCGAUCCCUUCUACGGUCCCUACUUCAUCCUAAACUUCAACGCCGCCUGGACCAAACCCGGCGACGAACCAAAAUUCCACGCCGUCAUUGCGAAUACAAUCCAGCUCAUCAAGGCCGAGGCUCAGAGAAGAAAUCUAGACAAUGACUUUGUGUAUUUGAACUAUGCGUCAGAAUUUCAGGACCCGAUUGCAAGUUAUGGAAAAGAGAAUAAAGAGAGAUUGGUACGGAUAUCGCGCAAGUAUGAUCCCAAGCAGGUGUUUCAGUAUUUGCAGCCUGGUGGGUUUAAAUUGGUCAAGGGGGCGCCGAAUGGAUUGUGA